AUGGACAAAGCACAAGCACGAAGAAUAUUAGGAGUGAGCGAAAAUGCUACUCCGGAAGAAAUUAAGAAGGCUUAUCGGAAAUUAGCCUUACAACACCAUCCCGAUAAAGGAGGUGAUGCGGAAAAAUUUAAGGAGAUUGCUAAUGCUUAUGAAGUUUUAACUAAUCAAAGUUCACGAAGUAAUAAUCAUAGUAGCAGUAGUAAUGAUGAAGCGGAUGCUGAUACGAAAAAUAUGGCAGUAAAAAUCCGCAGUCAAAUUCCUGAUUUUUAUGAGGCCGUGAAAAAUGCCAAGGAUUAUUCUAAUAAGAUAAAUGGCAUGGCUACUAAAACGGAAAUAAUAGAAUUUGUGGCUAAGCAAGAACAACAACAAACUCCUCCACCUUCUCCUACGGGUGAUUUUUCUAGCAAUCUUUAUGGUGAUUUUGUUUGCUCUCACUGCGGAAAGUCUGUUACUAACACUUUUAUUCAUAAGCAUAGUGAUGGAGCAAAAUGCUGCUCGGCGGAUUGUAUAGCCAAUUAUAUUCUAGAUAAAAUCACCAAAGAUAAUGAUAGUAGCAGCAAUUCUUCUUCUUUUAAUUUCAACUUUAAUAAUCCUCCGCCUACUACUAAUAACUUUUCUACUCCGCCGCCUUCUUCUAAUUCUGAUAAUUCCAAGGAAGAGGAACAGGAAAUUAGAGAAGAGGCUAAUCUUAUUAGCGAAAGGCUAAAAACUGAAAUAAAGAUUGUGCGAGAAUUAGGCAACGAAGGAGUAUCUGACAGUGAAUUAGAAAAUAAAUUAGAGCAAAAAAAUAGAGUAAAAGUAGAGAGACAGAGAGACCGACCAGCCAAAGCGGAACGGAACAGAGCCGAAUUGGAGAGAAUGGGAGCCGCAGCGUCGUCAGACGCGUAG